AUGAGCAAUUGGAAGCUUCAGAUCGAAGAAAGUCGCGAGACUCGUGUUGUGGACGAGCACGAGUGGAUCUCGAGCUGGCUUCGAGAUGCGGACUACGAGGAGCGCAACCAAAACGUAAACGACGCUGGUGAUAUUGGGGCAGUUGAACCUGUGACGCCACAGAGACGACCACUGCAGAUACUAAACUACGACGAGGUGUCACCGACAAAUACCAAUUUCUCUCACGACUCGGUCUUCGAUACGCCACAGGGCUUUGGUGAUUCGUGGACUGAAGAGGACCCAUUCUGUGAUGACGUCCCCGACGUUACCAGUGUCUUGGAUUUCAAGGCCGAAGUGGUUCAAGACAGUAGAGAAACACCGCAGGAGGACUUCGCCAACGAUUUUGAAGUCAGGAGCUUUGCCUCGUAUGAUCCUCCGAGUGAUAUCGACGAAGGCCUUGCAAAGAGCAUCAACGCUAAGAGCAUCAACGCUACGAGCAUCAACGCUACGAGCAAGGCACACAUAGAUACAGUAGCGCUACCCACUGAACAGAACGGAAUUCGCAUUACCUGGAUCACCUCAUGUACGCAGUGUAUACUUGCCGACCUGCCAUGCUCGAGGACGGUCCCGUGUUGCUCUCGGUGCAAACGUACCGGACAAGCGAAUGUGUGCCUCUUGCAUCGGCGCAAGUUUCGCGAGGAGGUUGAGAGAGCUGAAGCAGAAACAUGUACAACACCAGUGCUUCUGAAGUUGCAAGGUGAGGAUGAGAGUCACUGGGUGGAGAAGCUCAGACUAGCUUGUGAGUUCGAUACACUCUGGCAUGAUCAUGAGGAUCGCAAAAACUGGGUACUUCCACCAGUUGAUGGUCGACGAGGGGACUUUCGUGCGCAUGGUGUACGUGUACCACGGACGCAUCCAGGUGAAGGCAAAGGUCACUUGACUUACCGGGAGCUUGAGGUGGCCAUUGGAAAUUGA